GGUUUUUGAAGCUGUCCCUGAAUUCACAGCUGAGAGAACACGGCAACCCAGAAAACCAGGAGUGGAGAUUGAUCCUGCGAGAGAAAGGGGUUCAUCAUGGUGGAUGACCUGAAGUGAUUCCUAUAGAAAAAAUUACCAAGUAUUGAAGGGCUCCAUGCUAUCAUUGUGUCAGAUAGAGAUGGAGAGCCUAUUAUUAAAGUGGCCAAUGAUAAUACUCCAGAACAUGUUUUGAGACCUGGUUUCUUAUCUACUUUUGCCCUGGCAACAGACCAAGGAAGCAAACUUGGACUUUCAAAAAAUAAAAGUAUUAUUAUCUGUUACUAUAACACCUACCAGGUGGUUCAAUUCAAUCGUUUGCCUUUGGUGGUGAGUUUCAUAGCCAGCAGCAACACCAAUACAGGACUCAUCGUCAGCCUAGAAAAGGAACUUGCUCCAUUAGUUAAAGAAUUGAGACACAUUGUGGAAGUUUCUUAA